GAGAAGGUAAAGUAUUUGUAAGGUGUAAGACUGGGACUUGGGACGAGUAAAGAAGGUGAAGAUUAUAAUCCUCAGUCCUUAGCAAAUUCUCUUGUUAGUUUGCUUGAGAGAUUAAUAAUGGCCUAUGUUCCUCCGCACAUGAGGCACUCCAAGGACAACCAAAGACCCUCACCUUCACCCGAGUUGCCUCCUCGCCGGAGACAAUUCAGCCAGAGCCCUAGAUUGAACUUGUCAAGCAUCUAUUCAAAGGAUGCUGUUUCCAAUUGGUUCGUGGUUUCUUCACAUGAUCAUGAUCGUGAUCAUAAUCAGCUUCACCCUUCUUUACAACUUCGUCCCGUUUCUUUGGAAUCUUCUGACUGCAACUUGAAACAAAAGCCACAUAUUUUAGUUGAGAGCACCCAUGAUCAAUCUCAAGGGACACAUGCAACAAGAAACCCCUGGGAAAUUGUGGCAGCUAAAGCCAUUGACUACUUGCUUUCUUCUUUCGAAAACGUGAGGACUGAAUUGAAGUCCCAAAACCCCCAAUCUGAACAAAUUAAGCCUUUACUGGUUGCAAGAUUUGGCAAGAUUCUCUUCCACGGUACUUUUGCACAAGAAGAAAGACCCACAAUGCGACAGCUUCGUAGAUCGUUUUACACAAGUGUUCCUGCCUCCUAUAUGGAGAAAAUGACUACUUCGUUGCCACUUGAACUUGGACUUGAACCUGAUCAUACAGAAAAAGAGUUGUAUCUUGUGAAGCUGUCCGAUGCCAACCGACCAGAAUCAACUAUUUCUUGCAAGUGUAGCAUAAUAAAGGAGCAGAACAAGCUUAAGCUCUACAAGGUUGAACUAAAUUAUGUUCGCCACAUGGUCACAGAUGUAUCCUGUCCUGCUAAGAACCUUGAUCUCAGACUAAUGCUAUGCACCAAAAGGAUUAUAGCAGCUCCAAAAGAUGAUGAAAUUCAAUGCAUUCAAAAGUUGAUUGAUUCUGCAGUUCUAGAUGAAAAUGUGAAAGGUGGUUUGAGAUGGCCCCUAGGGAAAGCAUCUUCUGGAGACAGGUUUUCUGUUAUUGGGGUCUGGCACACUAUAACUAAAGCUUAUGUAGGUCCUUCCUUGAGGCUGAAGGCGAGACAUGCUGAUCGAUUCGAUUUUCUGACAUCAACUGGUGAAUCUGCAUCUGAAGUUUCCCUGAAACUGAAAGGAAUUGUCUCUGCAUUACAGGUGCAAAAGGUUGAUACAGCAUUGAUUUCAAAGAUGCUUGAAGAUACCAUAAAACUGUUAUGGGAUAAGUUUUUAAACUGUGAUGACUUUCUAGGAUGAUGCCUUGUUUCAAACUUCCAUCUCCAUCCCUACUUAAACCUUUGAUUUUGGUCAUAGCUACUAAUACUUGCAUGAUGAUCUGUUUCUUGGUGAUAGAAUCAUUAUUAUGCAUAAUUUUCCUUCUUCAGUGUUCAGUUUUGAGAAGUGAUGGGUUGGGUUAAUGUAUGCACUUGGUAUCUAAAUUAUGUUUUAUUGCACAUUAU